CCUUCACCUACCGCACGCCCACGUAGCCACGCUCGACGACGCCGCCUCCGCAACCCGCGCGGCCGCACCAGUGCACCACCAGUCCACCACAGACCACAUCGCAUCCAAGCACCACCGGAUCACUCUUGGGAGAGAAUGGAAUAGUGGGAUCAGUGGAGCAGGAGAGACAGGGUAGUACCUCCGCUUCCUUCCACCCCGGCGGCUCCGCUCCGGUCGUCUGGUCAGUUACUCCGUUGUGCGACCCGAGAUUCCCUCGUGUUCUCCGCUUCACACCCCCCUCCCUCCGCCCGCGGAAGAGGGAGGGACCCGCAGAUCCCAUCGGGGAUUCCCGAGAGCCGCACUCUUCCUCCGCCGCGAAGUCGACGGCGAAUUCCGCUCCUCCUCCCGAGGUAAAUUCCCUACGCCCCUAUAGCUGCUGCUGCUGCCCAUUCGACUGGUCUGACGGUUGGUGGGUCGGGGUUCGAGCGAGUCCUGCGGUGGCUGUAGGAUUUGGUGGGUGGGUGUUUGCGGGCAUCACACCUUUCUCCCGUGGCUGGCGGCGGCGGCGAAGCGGACGGCAGACGCAGCGCCGGCGAGUCGUUUUCAUUUUCCCUACCCUACAUGAUGUUUAGAUAAUUUGAGCAGCGGAUGGUUGUUACCUUGCUCUGAACUUUGAGUAGGUUCAGUUCUUAGCCAUAGAAGAUGAACGGUUCAAGUGGCUCCCAAGGACAUAAUGUCAAUGGAGGACAGAAGGAAGUGCAGCAUAAUAGCCCAUCCAUUCUGAACAAUGGGCCAAGGCACCGUCCAUUGACUCCCAUGAGACGAUGCCGUGGUGUAGCAUGUGUGGCGAUUAUACUGUCAACAGCAUUCACAUUGAUAGUUUACAUAGCCCCUAUUACUACUUUCCUUAUGCGGCUAUUCAGUGUGCAUUACAGUAGAAAGGCGACUUCUGUUCUGUUUGGAAUGUGGCUAUCUUUAUGGCCAUUCUUAUUUGAGAAGAUCAACAAGACCAAUGUGGUUUUCUCUGGUGAAAGUGUGCCUCCAAAAAGGCGUGUGCUGUUAUUUGCCAACCACAGGACUGAGGUGGACUGGAUGUACUUGUGGGAUCUUGCAUUGAGGAAAGGCCAUUUAGGAUAUAUCAAAUACAUCCUCAAGAGCAGUUUGAUGAAAUUGCCCAUUUUUAGCUGGGCAUUUCACAUUUUCGAGUUUAUCCCUGUAGAACGGAAAUGGGAGAUUGAUGAAGCAAUUAUACAGAAUAAACUAUCAACAUUUAAGGACCCCAGAGACCCCCUUUGGUUGGCGGUUUUCCCUGAAGGCACUGAUUAUACUGAGAAGAAAUGCAUCAAGAGUAAAGAAUAUGCUUUGGAGCAUGGUCUGCCUGUACUUGAAAAUGUUCUUCUUCCAAAGACAAAGGGGUUCCUUUGCUGUUUGCAAGAGUUGAAGAGCUCCUUAGAUGCAGUUUAUGAUGUCACAAUAGCAUACAAGCAUCGCCUGCCAGAUUUCCUGGAUAACAUAUAUGGCACUGAUCCUUCUGAAGUCCACAUCCACAUCAGAAUUAUAAAGGUCCAUGAUAUUCCAACGUCAGAAGAUGAAUUAACCGAUUGGAUGAUAGAGAGGUUCAGGCAGAAGGACCAACUUCUGUCAGAUUUUUUCAUGCAAGGCCACUUCCCUGAUGAAGGAACGGAAGGGGAUAUAUCCACACUGGAGUGCCUUGCAAAUUUUGUUGCAAUAGUCAUCUCGACAGGCAUAUUCUUGUACCUAACCCUUUUUUCGUCUAUGUGGUUCAAGGUCUAUGUAGUAGCAAGCUGUGUUUACCUUACAUUUGUUACCUAUUUCUCCAUUCAACCACCCCAACUGAUUUGCUCCCCUCAGGGUGAAAACCUUGUCAAAAAGACACUGUAGAAGAGGCUGUAGCUUUGACAGGAAACUGUAUACAUGCAAAAGAUGUUUACUGUAGAGAAUAGAAACUCUGGGCACAGAUGUUUACUGUAGAGAAUA